CCGGAUUUGAACCGACGCCUCCGAAGAGAUGAGAUUUCGAGUCUCACGCAUUAGACCACUCUGCCAUCGCGCCUUCACGAUAGUGGAUGUUGUUGGGGUGGCGGAUAUUGGGAAACAAGUUGCAUCGGGGGGUGGAUAUCUGCAGGAUGUCUUCUUCUGUGGUCUUCCAUCAUGAAUCAGGGUUAGGGUGUUCUAUCAGCUACCCCCUUGUUAACCUGAUCGAGCGAUGACGCAAAAGUGGAAACGGGCCGCUGUGAGUUGCAGCGGGGCCGGACCAAGAAGAUCCAGCCCCUCAUCUCCUCCUUUCGGCGGGGCGGGCUGUCCAACCACGCAAUAGGCAAGACCUUAAGCUUUAACCGUGAGCUCGGCUACACUGGCUUCUUACGACAACGACUUUGCGUCAGGCAAACGGUGAUACCUUUCGAACCUUCGACGGCCAUCCGCGCAUUUUGAUAAGGAAGUGAGACUGGAUUGAUCAAGAGAUUAAGCACACACUCGUAACAUCAUGGCAACGAGGGGCGUCUCGGCGCUCAAGUUUGUUGGAACUGUGUCGUUGGGGUUGUUGACGGGCCUCUCCUACACCCUAACAACCCUCACCAUCCCCUCCCUCCUCAACCUCCCCUCCGCCACCACAGCCCUCCGCGCCUUUGACUCCCUCACCACAACCUCGACCAAACAACUCCGAUCCCUCUCCGGCCUCUCCGGAACCGCCUUCCUCCUCGCAUAUUAUCUCUCCCCCAAACCCCUCCGCCACCCCUACCUCCUCUACACCUCGGUCCUCAUCCUCGGCUCCCAGCUCGUCGGGACGGAUUUGGUCGCUCCUUACAUCUCCCUCGGACCUUCUUCCCCCGCCACCACUGCCGGCAGCAAGAAGUCCUUCCCCCAGCAAAAGAAGAAGAAGCCCUCUGCCUCUGCCCGCGCGAGAAUGGAAGCCAGCUACGAGGUCCUUGGUGAAGAGCAAGAGGAAGAGAGCGAGGAGGAUGAGGUGUUGGAGGUUGGGGAGGAGGCAAACGGGGAGGAGGUGAGGGCCAAGGUGGAGGGGUGGCUCAAGAAGCAGGUUGUCCAGGUGUCUGUCUUGGGACUGGGGUUCUUCAUGUCGGUUGUGGGGAUUUGGGGGGAUGGGGUGGUGAAUGUUUAUGGGAGGGUUUAAAAAGCCCUGGAGUCAAGACAUGACUGAUCGAUCUCUCUCUCUUUUGUAUGAAAUGGAUGGAAUGGGAUGGGAUAUACGAAAGGGAAAUAACACAUGGGUAGGUGGGCAGCGGGGGAUUGUUUUGUUUUUCUGCUUUUUAGUUUGUUGAUGGAUGGAUGGAUAUGAUUUGUCUGCUCGCUCUCUCCCUUGGUGUCUUGUCAUAUCUUGCAGAAAAAGGGUGGUCCAACAAAGAAAGAUUGUAUCUAACUCUACAACGACAGCAGCAACAAGCAGGAAAUAGUAUUGGAGUUUUGGGGUGGGAAGGGGGUUUCUCUUGUCAGAUCAUCACUGCUCUUUACUGUACUUGGUACAGACAAUGCAUCUCCUAUUGGGUUUUAUUUGUGUUGCUGUUUAAUAUAGCCAGUCCUUUGAACAUGUGUGAAGCAGCCCGACAAGUCCGACUCGCCUUCAGGGCAUGUUUCUAAGCAUGUGUUCCAAUUCUCGACGUCGGAAUCUGAAUCCUUUGCUCAGCAUCAACACCACCUCUCAGACCUUGGUAACGGACACCUCUUUUAAAAAAAACACGCAUAAAGCCCCGAAAAAAAAAGAAAGAGAAAAUUAAAGACUGUUGCCUGAUGUAACGGCGCUCAAACAAAGGUUUCUAUAGAGUCUAAAGGUAUUCCGAGAUGCCUCAUAAGCAGAGCGGUUUCAAGAUGGUAGGUAAGGUAUCCAUACACACCAAGCCCAAGAGACUCAAAUCAGAAAAAGAGCGUCAACCAAAACAUGUUCCAUUCUCCCCUAGCCUGAUCCUAAAUUCUCUCCCACCUAAACAUUCCGCUGUGACAAGAAAGAUACAUGUAUCGCUUCCGAGUAAAACAACUCCUCCCCCUCGGCAUCUAAUCAUGGUAGAGGUGCUUUCGGGGCGCCAUAUUGCAUCAUACUAAUAAUUUUGUCUCUCUUUCUCUGGGGUUUCUGCUGCUGCUGUUGCUGCUGUUGCUGCUGCUGCUGCUGCUGCUGCUGCUUCUGCUCCAACUGCUGCUGCUGCGCGGCAGCCUCCGCCUCAGUGGCAGCCUUCUCGGCAGCAAUCGCAGCACGACUCUUCUCAAACUUCCCGGCAGCCCACGCGUCACGCCUCUGAUCCGUCACCUUCCGCUGCGCCACCCGGUCAAAAAUGUAAUGUCCCAGACAACGAGGCCACUUCGGAGCCGGAAUAAUGUCAUGCUCGCGAACGCCGGGAUACAAAUCCGCAAACAACCCAAACGGCCCAUCCUUGCUGUCCGCAGCCUCAAACGUCCUCAGAAUCCUCAUGUACACAUCCGGCAAGUGCUCUUCCUCCAUCUUGAGCCCACCCUCGUCGGGGGACGCGGUCCAAUCCUGCGGGGCAUACUCGGCGACACGUUCCUCCGUGAGGACCCUUCUCCUGCUGCUUUCUAUUCCCCUGUCGAGUAUGGACUGGAUCUCGAGAUAGCGUCUGGGGAUUUCCCUCGCCAGGUCGGGCGCCAUCUGGAUGAGGAUGAUGCAGGCCAUUCGGAUGUGGUCGUCGGUGAUGACGCCGGGUUGGAGUUCGGGGUUGGCAGCGGGUAUCCACGCCGGAAUGCGGAAGCCGUUUCUCACCUAGAAAAUGAUGAGUUUCCGGGGCAUGUCGAGCUCGUCAAGGUUGCCAACGGGGAAGGCUGGGAUGGGUCGCGGGCCGGCGUCCUGACCCAAUAUCUCGUAUUCAAAUUCGCGGGCAUCCCCGGAUUGGAUCUCCUCGGGGUAUCUGGUGGUGAUGUAUGGGCGCCAGUGGUCGACAUCCACAUAGCGCUGGAGGUAAUGGAGAUGGUGCGCUCUUGACUCCAUUUUUGAUUAAUGUCUGGGGUGACCGAGAUAGAGACUGUGCUGUAAGAUAGAGACUGCACU